GUUAGAACCCAACAAGUCAACUGGGCUAAAGCCCCAGGACGAUAACCGGCUCGCUUCAAGGCCUAGUCCCGCCACGUACACUAGUUGCCUUGCAGGCUCAUAAGCUUGUUGAUAGUGCACAUAAUACAUCAAUACUGAUCCUAGCUCAUUUUUGCCGGGUAGAGCAUUGUCUCGGCGUGGCCCUGUGUGUACGCAUGCCUCGUAGCUCCUCGCUAGUAUAACUUAGUGUUUUCAUAGUAGUCACUUGUAUUAUAUCGGUGCGCUUGUAACUGAAGCAGCACGCCUGGCAGCGGAAGACAUUUGCGAAUGGGUUUGCCAAGGGCGUGAUAGCCCUUAUACGGGCUGAAGAACAGUUGGAGAGGCCAUGGGAUGCCAACCGAGGAACAGGCGAUUAAGCAGGCUGCAAGGCGUGCGCGCGAGGCUCCUGGAGUGUGGCCUCAUCGUCGCCCUGUCGGUGGCAGUCUGGGGCGUGGGCCAAGCACAGCUAAUUCUUAAUGGUCCAUAUGGUGAACUGGAUAUCCCAGAGCAACUGGCAAAGCCACCGUUUUGGCGUCAGGCACUUGCCCCUUGCGGGCUGGCCAGCAACGAUACAGGCGUUCGUCCGAAUCGCUGCGCCAACAACGUAGACUUUUGCUUUCCGGAUCCAUACCAGCCCACGUUCCAGGUUUGCACGCCGUGCUACAAGGCGUGCCUGGAGUGCACCCGGUUUGAUUCCCCUCCCCGCAAUUGCAGUGGCAUUACGAACCACGAGUGCAGCGCCUGCGGCUGCUCCCGCACGCUCAACACCUGCACCUCCUCCCGCGCCUGCCGCACCGGCUCCUACUGCGACCGCUACGUGGGCAAGUGCGUGUCCUGCUACGAGUGCCUGGACGACGGCGACGUGCGGGAGGGCUCCUGCCGCCAGAUCUGCGGGCACUCGCCCCGACCCGUGCUGCCGGGUGUGUUCGGGCUGCCCUACGACCCGGACGACGAGGCCGCCAGCGAGUGGGUCAUCGACGCGGCGGUGGAGGUGGCGGCGCUGUUCAAGUCCACACUGGGCACCGCGCCCGCCGUGGGCUGGUUCGACCUAGGCACGGUGCUGGGCGGCGUGGGCUUUGACUUCCUGCCGCCGGAGCAGCUGCGCUUCGCGGUGCUUCAGGUGACGCGCGCCAACGCCACCUACAGCGGCUACGUCGCCGCCAAGUCGCCGCGCGCGCCGCCGCCCAACGCGCCGCCGGACCCGCCGCCGGCGCCGCCCUCGCCGCCGCGGUCCGGUAACACCAGCGUCAAUGCCACCGUGAACGGCACCUCGGGCGGUGUCAACGGCACCUCGGGCGGCGGCCUGAACGCCACCGGUGCCGUGUCGCGCCACCGCGCCGAGCUGCGCCGGCGCUUCCUGCAGUCCACGACCGGCGGCAACGCCACGGCCACCACCACCUCCCUGCCCAGCUUCCCGCCCACCAUGGAUGCCAACCCCUCCACCGCGCCCGUGUACCCGGAGGACCUGGUGCGCGUGUUCCUGCUGCAGCGGCGCGACCACUACGACGCCUUCUGCCCGCCCGACGCCCAGAUCUUCUCCACAGGCCUGUCCUACCCGGGCUGCGCCUGCAUGGCCAUCCCGCCCGAGUACCAGUCCGACACCUCGCUGGUGACCGGCUCCACAAAGCAGUGGAUCGACUACCUGGCGUUGCUGGGCGGCGCCAACGCCACCACGGCGCAGGCGGCGUGCCCGCAGGGCUUCCGCUGCUCCUCCGCCAACUUCCAGCAUAUGCGCCACCUCAUGAGCCGCGCCUACAUCCCGCUCACCAUGGGCAUCUGCGUGCCGUGCCUGGUGGGCGAGUACUGCCCCGAGGGCACCGUGGAGAAGACGCAGGACCUGGUGGAGGUGUGCAACCGCCGCAGCGCCCUGCUGGACAGCGCGGAGGACAGCAGCAGCAACAGCAGUAGCAGCAGCAGUAGCAGCGGGAGCGGCAGUAGCAACAGCAACAAGGACUGCGGCAACACGCGGCUGUGCCCGGCGGGCAGCUACUGCCCCGCGCCGUCUGUGAAGCAGAACUGCACAGUGGGCGACUUCUGCACGGAGGGCUCCACGGAGCCGGUGACGUGCACGUUCGACACCAUCCUGAACCAGCUGCCCUUCGCCACCGUGAAGCCUCAGCCCACCUACGUGCUGUCCACCGUGACCCAGGGCUCUCCGCUCAGCGGCAACUACUGCCCGGAGGGGAGCGAGGACCCGUUUAACUACUGCCCUGGGGGCUACUACUGCCCUUCCCCCGGCGUGAAGACGCUGUGCCCCGUCGGCUACUUCUGCCCCGACAAGUCCGUGGAGCCGGUUCGCUGCGGCUUCCUGCUGUCCUGCAACGACGCGGGUAUCAGCAAGCCGCAGGUGGCCUGGUGGGGCUUCAUCGUGUUCGUGGUGCUGAUGCUGAUGCUGCCGGUGGCGGGCAUCCUGUACAACCUGUACGAGGAGAAGGCCAUGCGCCGCACCGCGCACGACGACAAGCUGCUGGAGGCGCUGGCGGCCAUGGGCUUUGGCGGCGGCGGCAUUGAGGAGGACAGCGACAGUGAUGAUGACGACGCUGACUACUGGGCCGCGGAGUGGCUGGGCUGGAAGGGCGGCGAGGGCGGCAAGAAGGGCGGCCGCUCGGGCUGGCGCCGCUUCAAGGGCUGGUUCAGACGCCGCGUGCUGCGCCGCAGCGACGGCGGCGCCCCCGACCGCGAGAUGAGCACCAUGGCGGGUGCCCGCAGCGGCAAGAGCGAGGCGGCUGCGGCGCUCAAGGAGAAGAACAUGGCAGAUGACGAGAUGCUGCAGCAGCUGGGCAACGACCGCCUGCCGCCCGGCUUUGACAAGAUCAGCCCCUACCUCACCAUUCAGUUUGAGAACUUGUGCCUCAAGCUCAAGGGCGGGCGCCGCAUCCUGGACCACGUGUCGGGCGACUUCCCGCACAGCCACCUGCACGCCAUCAUGGGCCCCUCCGGCUCCGGCAAGUCGUCCUUCAUCACGGCGCUGAUCGGCAAGGCCGGCGGCGGCGUCAUCACCGGCAACGUGACAGUGUGGAAGUGCGACAGCCAGGAGGUCGAGCUGGGCGCACCCUGCGUGUUCGAGGAAAUCAGGUACCUGACGGGCUUUGUGCCUCAGGACGAUGUGGUGCACGAGACCAUGACGGUGCGCGAGAACCUGUUCUACAGCGCCGCGCUCAGGCUGCCGCGCGGCACGCCCCGCGCGGCGCGCGAGACGGCGGUGCGCGGCGCGCUGAGCAUGCUGGGCAUGGCGCACGUGCAGCAUGACAUCGUGGGCAACGUGGGGCGCAAGGGCCUGUCGGGCGGCCAGCGCAAGCGCCUGAACAUCGGCCUGGAGCUGGUGGCCAAGCCCAGCCUGCUGAUGCUGGACGAGCCCACCAGCGGCCUGGACGCCGCGGUGUCGCACGACGUGGUGCUGGCGCUCAAGCACAUGGCGGAGGCGGGCAUGAACGUCAUGGUGGUCAUCCACCAGCCCCGCUACUCCAUCUUUGAGAUGUUCGACUCGGUGCUGCUGCUGGGCGUGGGCGGCCGCACCGUGUUCCUGGGCCCGGUCAACCUGGCCGAGGCCUACUUCAACUUCCUGGGCUUCAGGCCGCCGCCCAAUGAGAACAGGGCGGACUUCUACCUGGACGUGAUCAGCGGCGCCGUGUGGCGCGACAACGACGAGGACUUUGUGCCCAACGAGCUGUUCACGGUGUGGCAGGAGGUGGGCCGCAUGUGGCUGAUCGAGAAGCUGACCAACCCCGACUUCGGCGAGGAGGAAGAGGAGGACCUGCGGGCGCGCGGCGGCGUCGGCAGCGCCAGCGGCAGCAUCACCGGCAGCGGCAGCUGGGACGACGAGGACGGGAGCGAGGGCAGCUACGGGUACGAUGACCACUACGACGACCACCACCACCACCACCAUCACCACUACCAAGCGGGCCGCCACGAGGCGGGCAGUCACCGCGGGCACGGCCACUCGCGGUCGCCAUCGCCGCAACCUCACCGACCGGCGGCUCCUUUCACGCACCCGUACUACCGGGAGGAGGAAGAACACAUUCGCCUUGGGCAUCGCCCCGACUCCAACCACGUGUCCACACGCCGCGGUGCCGGUACCCAUGUUCCACCACUCAGCAGCCGCGGCCACCAGGGCCAACACUACUCCCCACGCCACAGCGACCGCACCCGCGGCCGCGGCCGCCACCGCCACCACCACCACCAUGACGAUCACUACCACUACCACUCUCAGCAGUCCGACAGCGCAGGCCCCAGCGGCCUGCGGCGCCGCAGCGGCGCGGACCUCUUCGCCGCCACCGUGGCCGCCGCCGUCGCGGCUUCGCACAGCAACUCGGUCAGCAGCGCCGGCGGCGCCCCCGGUGGCGGCGGCAGCGGCACCGGCCCCAGCGCCGGCUCCGGUGGCGGCGGUGGCGGCAGCGCGCCGACCAGCCCGGGCCCGCUGACGCGUGCGGCGCUGGAGCACAGCUCCAUGACGCACCAGCGCAGCCGCUUUGCUCCAGACCGCAGCGGCGGCGGCAGUGCGAUCCCCGGUCCCUCGCUUUCCGCGGGCGCAACCUUCUUCGGCCAUCCGCUAGGCUCCGGCGGCAGCGUGGGCGCCGCGGUGUCGCCGCCGGCGGCCAUGGACAGCAACGGCUUCAUGCCCACCGCCCACGUCACCACCAACACGACCCACUCAACUGUGGCCGCGGCAGCCGCCGCUGCCAUGACGGCGGGAAGCGCGGCGGGAAGCAGUGCCUAUGGCUCGCGCCGCUCAGGCAUGGGCGCCGCCCCCAUUGCCGGCGAGGACGGCCUGGGCCUGGCAGCAAACGACAUCUUUGCGUCCAGCGCCGCCACCGCUGGAGCCGACAGCACCCUGCUUGGCAGCGGCCACGUGGGCUCCGUCGGCGCGGCUGUGGCCACAGCCAACGGCGAUAGCGGCACCGUGGCCGCCGCCGGCGGCGCUGCUGCCGCCAUCGCAGCCGCGCGUGGCCUAGCCAAGGUUGAGAGCCUGCGCGCCGGCAUGGGCCGCGCCUCCGCUGGCCCCGCCGGGGGCGGCGGCAGCAACGGCGGCGCGGACAGCCCGCGCGCGCUGGAGGGGCCCGAGGCGGAUAUCCCGGCCAGCCGGCGCUUCCUGCAGACGGUGGAGAGCCUGAAGGAGGCGGGCGUGCCGCCCACGCUCACCGCCGCCGGCAGCCGGCGUGCGCGGGAGGUGCUUCGCCGCUCGCAUGGCCGCAGCGGCAAGGCGGGCGCGCACCGCGGCGAGCGCAGCAUGGGUCGCAACACGAGCGGCGUGUCGGUGGACCUGGGCGCGGCGGCGGCGCGGGCCGUGGCGGCGGUGGAUGCGGAGCGAGAGCGGGAGCGGGAGCGGGAGGCGCGGCGUGCGGCCGGCGGCGAGCCGACUGUGCAGGUCGUGCUGUCUCCCGCGCCGCCCGACGCGGAGCCGCCGCGCAAGUCCUGGGCGCGCGUCAACCCGUCGCGUGUGUUGGAGUCGGCGCGCGCCGAGGCCAGCCGCCGCGCCCGCGAGCGCUGGUCCACCCUGCGCGCCAACGUGCGCCGUGUGCCUCAGCUCAGCAGCUCGGCGAUGCCGCUGCGCGGCGGCGACGCCAGCCGCUGGCAGCGCAUCAACAUCAGUGCGGUGGUUCGGCACGGCAAGGCGCACACGGGCUCCACGUCGCGGCGCAACAGCGGCGACGGCGGGCUGGUCAGCCGCAGCCACUCGGUCAGCAGCGUCAUGCCGCGCAGGGCCUCGGCGCACAUGGUGCGCGGCACCGGCGGCGACCGCACCACCGGCGGCAACCGCAACACGGUGCAGGGCCUCACCGGGGGCGGCGGCGCGGCGGGCGGCGGCAAGGUGUCGUUCUGGGACGUGGCCAUGACGCAGCUGGAGAAGGCGCACAAGGACAAGGACCACGCCGGCCCACCGGCGGACCGCUUCCGUCACAGCACCGGCGGCGACAAGGACCACCGUCCUGGCGGCGGCGCCGCCACCACGGCGCCCGGCGAGGUGGCGGCCAAGCGCGGCGCCGGCGCUGCUGGCGGCGCGGCCGAGCCCAAGAAGCUCUCCAUGAUGGACAUUCUCAAGAUGGCCCGCAACGUGGAGCAGCAGCGCCGCGCCACCGAGAUCGGCAACCUGCGCUCCGCGGCCGCCGGGAACACCCGCAAGGCCCUCCUCCAUCACCCGCCCGCGCCCUCACGCAAGAACCUGCUCGCCGCUGCCGACGGCGACGACGCCGAGGCAGCCGGCGGCGGCGGAGCCGCCGCCGCCGCCACCGGCGCGGGCGAGGAGGCCGGCGCUGGAGGCCCCAGCGCGGCGGCCGUUACUGCUGCUCGCAGGUCGACAGGCGGCGGAGCCGGCGUUGCUGGCGGCGGCGGCGAGAAGGACAAGCACAUUGCAGACCUGAAGGCCGAGCUCGCGGCUAAGGCCAAGGCCGGCGGCAAGGCCAACAUGAUGGACAUCCUCAAGAUCGCGCGUGUCGCCGCCAAGGACAAGGGCGGCGGCGGCGCCGCGGCCGGAGGCGCGGCCGCCGGUGCUGCAGCCGGCGCAGCUGCCGGCGCCGAGGGCGAGGGCGACAAGGACGGCGACGAGCACCCCAAGCGCUCGCUGCUUGACGCCUACCGGAACAGCAUGCGCAUGCGGGUGGAGCGAAGCGGCGGCAGCCACGGCGGCGGCGAGAAGGACCAUCGCGUCAGCGGCGGCGGCGCGGAGCGGCACCUGCUGGCCAGCGGCGGCAGCGAGGCGCUGCUGAGCGGCGCGGUGCACAGCACGGCGGCGGCGGCGCUGCUGGGCGAGGAGGUGCCCAUGCUGCAGGACGACGAGGACGAGGUGGAGGAGAUGGUCCACCGGCUGUAUGAGAACCGGCGUGUGACGCAUCUGUCCAAGGUGGUGCCGUGGCGGCCCAAGGACCUGCAGGCCAUUCACGACAACUUUGACCUGCUGGAUGUGGGCGGCAACAAGGAGCUCAGCUACGAGGAGUUCCUCUACUUCUUCGCCAGCCUGCGCAAGCUGCUGCCGGAGCGCCACUUUAAGAAGUUCGUGGAGGAGACGGUGGAGCAGUUCGACCUGCAGGAGAACAGCGUGGUGACUCGCGAUCAGUUCCUGGAGGGCAUCAAGACCAAGCUCAAGGAGGCGCAGCUGCCGGCCGAGGUGCGGCGGAGGAGGCGGCGCGGCGCACACGGCUACCUGCGGGGCCAGGAGAAGGCGGAGAAGCGCCGCCGCCUCAACGUCAUCCUGCGCAGGGUGCGCAAGCUCAAGUCCGCGCCCGAGGACCACGAGGCCGCUGCCGAGCGCAAGAAGCUGCAAGACUACUGGUACGACCUUCGCGAGUACUUCCGCAAGAAGAACCUGUCCAUCACCAUGAAGCACCACGCCGCCAAGGCCGCCAAGGCCGCCGGCGCCGCCAACCCGCUUGUGGCGGCGCGGCUGCAGUCGGUGGCGGUGAUGCAGUCCAUGUACAUGCCCAACCACCCGCCGGCACUGGCCGCGCUGGGCACCAUGAACCGCACCGAGGUGGUCAACAUCGGCGCCCAGACGCUGCUGCUGCCCGAGCACGCCGCAGCCAUGGCCGCCAUGGCCGCCGCCGGCAGCGGCCGCAUGGACGGCGUCGAGAACAGCCCCUUCGGCACCGCGGGCUACGCCGCCAUGGCCGCUGACGUGGAGGCCACAGGCAGCAUGUCGCGCGGCGGAGGUGGCGGCGGAGGCGUGAUGGGUGUACCGGGCAUUACGUCGGCGGCGGCCGCCGCCGCCGGCUCCUUCAGCCGGUUCGGCCCCGGCGGCCCGGCGGGCCCCAUGGCGGCGGCGGCCUCUGGCGGCGUGCCGUACGGCAUGAUGGCCAGCCACCUGUCUGUCAGCCGCGCCGGCGGCGGCAGUGGCGCCGGCACGCCGCGCGCCGGCGGCGGCCGCCAGCGCCGCGCCAGCGGCCUGGGCCUGCCCAGCCGCAUGGGCGCCGGGCCGAGCAACGCCGCCGUGGCCGCGGCCAUGGCCGAGGUUGAGAUGGCCGGGCUGGGCAACGGUGCGGCUUCAUUGGGCGCGGCGCGCGAGCGCGAGCUGGCUCAGAUGCUGGGCCUGCCGGCGCCGCGGGUCUCUGCGGGCCUGAGUGGCGCCGAGGCGGGCUACGGCAGUGCGGUGGAGCGCAGCGGCGGCAGCGCGGUCCGCCACCACAAGCGGCUGCAUGCCGUGCUGACGCCCGGCGGCCGCGUGAGCACCAACAUCAGCGACACCGAGCUCAACCAUGUGGCCGGCGGCCGCGUCAACAAGAGCGUGACCGGCCGCGCCAGCAGCGUCACCGGCCGCGGCAGCGGCACCAGCGCCGCUGGUAGCCGUCGUGGCAGCACGACCGGCCGCGGGCCUAGCAUGUCGGGUGCCACGGCGGCGGCGGUCGCAAAUGCGGUGCUGGCCGGCGGCCGCAUCGCCAGCAUUACCGGCCGCGUGGGCAGCACCAGCACGCGCGCCACUGGCGCCCACCCCGGCGCCCGCUUGGAGGCUAUGGACCCGGCACACGCCGCCAGCAUCGUCGCCGCCGCCAAUCGCAUGGGCUCCAUCACCGGCGGCGCCGGCAUGCGCAUGGGCAGCAUCACUGCCGGCCACCCCGCUGCCGCCCUGGCCGGCAUGGCCAUCGGCGGCGGGCGCAUGGGCUCCAUCACCGCCGGCGCCAUGCGUGUCGGCAGCAUCACCGCCGGCGGCGGCCGCGCGCCGGGUGUGAUGGUCAUCGGCGGCGGCCGCAUGGGCUCCAUCACCGCCACAGGCCGCAUGGGCUCCAUCACAGGCGGCCAGCAUGCCGCUAUGCGCCGCCGCAUCCGCGCCGCCGGCUACGGCGGCCAGGAGGAGGACGGCUUCGACACCGACGGCGAGCCUGUCGGCGUGCUGGCGGGCCGGCCGCAGGUGUUCGCGCCCGGCGGCAUCUUCGCCGAGAUGCCGCGCGCAGACAAGGAGUCGCUGCAGACGGUGCUGGCGCGCAUGCGCGCGGAGAAGAACAUCGACCCGCAGCUGCUGCAGCAGCAGCGCAAGGAGGAGGAGAAGGCGAUGCUGGCGGCGGCGUCGGCGCAGGUGGGUCUGGGCGCGCUGCCGGGCGCCUCUGGCCCGCGCGCGCCGGGUGGUGGCCGGCAGCGGCGCGCCAGCUGGGUCCUCAACCCCGACCAGGUGGCUCUGGAGGGCCUGGAGGCCGGGGGCGCCAGCUCGCAUGUGGGCGCGCCGCCGCUGGUGGGCACUGCCUCGGGCGUGCUGCCGCCCGGUGGCGGCAGCGCCGCCUUCUACCCGCCCCUGGGCGGCACCGGCAGUGGCGCGCUGGCCCCGCUGGGGCCCUCCGCGGCGCAGCUGCACCCCUCACUGAGCGGCGUGGGCUCGGGCAUCGGCGUGGGCGCCGGAUCGCUCAAGCCGCCGCCGCAGAGCUACAGCGGCGUGCCGCUGGCGCCCACCAUGAGCGGCGUGGGCCCGCUCAGCCCGCUGGGCGACACCAGCAAUGUGCCGCUGCUGCAGCCCCUGCGCGGCGGCCACUCCUCCGCCGCGCUAAACGACUCGCCCGUUGCGGCCGUUGGCGGCCUUGCCGGCGCGCCCGGCUCCAGCCGCCUCGCCGGCGGCACUCCCGCCGGCGCCGUGGCCGGCCUGGCGCUGCCGCCGCACAUGUCACGUGGCGGCGCGGGCAGCGGCUUCGGCCCCGGCUCCAUGUCCCGAGCGUCGCCGCACUCGACGCCGCGCGUCGCCGCCGGGCCCGUGCACUCGGUGCGCUUCGCCGCCACCGAGCGCAACAUGAGCGGCACGCACGCAAGCGACGCGGCCAUGGGCGCGCCCUACGGUUCUUUGCCCGGCGAGCCGGGCGAGGAGGGCGGCAGCUGGGGCGGCGACAGCGGCGAGGACGGCGAACACGAGCACGGCGAGGAGGGCAAGGGGCUGGAGGAGGACAUGUACGCGGACGCCAAGCCCAUCAACUGCUGCGUGCUGCUGUCCUACUACAUCUCCUACUACAGCGCCGUGGCCUGGGAGUGGCUGGCUCUGCGUGUGCGGCACUUCGGCGCCUCGCUGCUGGGCCAUGAGCGCGGCGGUCGCGCGCUGCCGUCCGUGGGCCGCCAGAUCUACAUGGUGUGGCGCCGCAGCGCCACCAAGUUCCUGAACGAGCGCGCCUACGCGCUGCUGGACAUCAGUCUGGUCAUUAUGCUGGGGCUGGUCAUGGGCGCAAUCCAGGGCCACACGUCGUCCAUCACCAAGGUGCCCGAGACCGCCAUCCUGGUCAUCCUGGCCUUUGCGCUCACCUCGCUGGUGACCGGGCUGCGCACGUUUGGCCAGGAGCAGCUCAUCUUCCUGACGCGCGAGGCGCAGGCGGGCCUCAGCGUCAUGUCGUGGAUGCUGGGCCGCAUCGGCUGGGACCUCAUCCUGCAGGGCCUGUACCCGGCUCUGUACCUGGGCUUCUACUACGCCAUGACGGUGUUCGACACGCCCUUCGAGCUCUACUACCUAGUGCUGUUCUUUGUGGCCUGGUGGGGCUUCGGCGUGGGCUACCUGUUCUCGGUGCUGCUCGAGUCCAACAACGCGCUGCUGGGUGGCCUGUGCGUCACGCUCAUCUUUGGCGGCAUCAUCAACGGCAUCAACCCCAGCGUGGCGGCCAGCGAGGGCAACGUGCUGCUGACGGGGCUGCAGUACAUGUCGUACACGCGGUGGGCGGUGGAGGCGGUGUUCAUCGGCACCGCCACGCCCACCUCCUCCAGCCUGGUGUUCCUCACCGCCGGCGCCAUGUCGCAGCUGGGCUUCUGCGACAUGCACAACCACCUGGGCUCCUUCGACGGCGGCCUGGACCCGAGCAACCUGGCCGCCGCCUUCCGGCCCGUGUUCGAGCAGCAGUACAACACCACGCUGGACAGCGGCAACAGCACCAGCACCAGCAGCAGCGACACGGGCAACAGCAUGGCUGUGGCGUUCCUGUACAGGGUGUACCAGGACCCGGGCGUGGUGGACCGCCUGUGCCGCACCGCCUUCAUGCAGGACAUCCUGUGGCUGUGGGGCUGGGGCAUGAUCACGCGCCUGGCGGCGUUCUUCGUGCUGCUGUACAAGGUGGAGCGCCGCAUGACCACCGCCUCCGUGUUUGGCUAGAAAAGGUGGAUGCGGCUGGGUUUGCGAGGUCUGGAAUCACAGGUGGAGGUGGAAGAGGUGGUGGUGAUGGUUUGAAGUGCUUAGGUGGUUAGGUUGUUUUGUCAUGCGUUCCUGGGAAAGAGGCAUAGGCUAGGGGCUUUCGCACAGGGGCUUCGCAGGUGUGCGCCGGUGUCGCAGUACGUUUUGGAGGUAGGCUGCUGUGUAAAUGGGUGUCCUCCUUAAGGUGUUCUGGCGACAACUGGCCACGUGGUACUUGUGAAGAAGGUUACAAGUAAUGGCCGCCUCAUUUAUCUUUCGGCUCAUCAUCAGGUUCGUCUUCAUGUAAGGCGCAGCGAUAGGCGUGCGAUCGUGUGCGUGCGUAUGCGCGAUCGUGCGCGCCAUUCAGUGCGAAGCAGGUGUGCGCCGGCGUCUCGGUGCUGUCUUGAUAGGCUGCUGCGAUAGUAGUUCUCUCCUGACUGGGGUUACGGCGACGUCUGGCCCCGAGGUACCGGUAUCUAUGGCCAACGGUCAUUAGCAUGUCCAGCUGAUUGUCUCACUCGGCUAGUGUUGCUGCGGGGUGAAGCGGUAGGCAUGUGUGCGUGUUCGGGCGUGCGUGUGCAUGUGCGUGCGUACGUAUGCGCAUGCCCGUGCGUGUGCAUGAAAGUGCGAAGGAGCUGGUGGGUCUAGGACUGGAGUAUGCGACAGGACCGUGCCGCCGCCCAGACGCUACGGGCCGGGCAAUGCUCCCGCCUCGUCAAUCCUAGAUUCCGUAUCAUCGCGUAGCUGGCAAUCGAGGUACAUGUUAUGGAUGGCACAUGGCUACAGUGCAGGUGGAAUUGGGCCGGGUAGCAGUACCUGCAUCCCAGAGCUCGUGGAGGGCUUUCUGUUUAGCUUUGCUGGGUGAUGACGUGCGUAAUCUGCUUGUGCUAGUGGCCGGGGUUGGCUGGUAUCAUCAAACUUGAAGCGUCCCUCGUAAUUGGCGGAAUCAAUGCACAUAAGCUUGACUGAUGGGUACUUGGGCCCCAAUAUUAAGUAUGGACUUACAUGCCGAAGUUUAGCUGUAGAAGAUACCAUGCGUGGUCGGCAUGGAGACGUGUAGCCAGGGCGCCCCUGCGUGUAUAUGUGUCUGUGUGGGGAAGGGGAUAAGCCCCUUGGAACCAACCCCCCCCCCAUACACGUUCGAUAGUGAGCCUGUUGUUUGGCAUGCGCUUCGACACCUGCUAGUAAUCAUGUGUUGACGUUGAAGUUAGCAAGGAGGUUGUGGUCCGCGGGUCCGCCUUUCCGUAAUGUAAGACUGCAGAGAC